AUGCCCUCGUUCCGCGCCCGAUGCGCCAUCUGCACGCUAUUCUACUCGCUGGAGGACGUCCACGUCAUCCCGUGCGGCCACACCUUCCACAACGACUGCAUUAACACAUGGCUCACGAGCCAUCACCCGCACUCGCAGCGCUGCCCGGUGUGCCGUCAUCGUUGUGGCCGCCACGAGGUCGUCAAGGCCUUCAUCGACAUCGACGAGACCGCGGAGGGCGCCGCCGAGCACGCCACUGAUCAGUUGGAACACAUGCGCCGCGAGCUGGUGCUCACGAAGGCGGAUGCGUUGGAGGCCCAGCGCGACCUGAAGAGGAAGGUCAACGACGUGCGCGACGAGGCCGCCCGGCUGCUCGCCAAGAAGGACAGGGAGGUGCGCUCGGUGAACGAGCGGCUCGACAAGGUCACCAAGGAGCUCGCCGAUGUCAACAAGACCGUCCAGAAGCAGGCCGAGCAGAUCAAGACCCUGCAGAAGCACGCCGAUGUCGACAAGUCCCUCCAGAAGCAAAUCGACGCGCUGGUGGCGCAGAUGAAGACUGUGGUGCAACGUCGCCCGCCCCCACCACCGCAGCAGCAGCAGCCGUUGAGCUCGAAGCAGCCCGACGUGAAAGCCCCGGAGCCGCAGCCUCGUCUCGCCCGCGCGCCCCUGCCCGUCGCCGCCGCGCUCCUCAACAGACGGAUGCCGGAGAAGGAGCUGCGCCGCUCGCUUCGUUCCGCGAGCGUCGUGGCCACGGCCCGCCUCACCACGAAGCGCCCCGAGCCGCCGCGUCCUGCUGUCGCUGCCGGACCUGCUGCCAAGGUGAUUCGACAGAAG